AUGGCCACGCCCUGGGCUGUGCAGCUGCUGCUUGCGGCCGCCUGGAGCAUGGGCUGUGGUGAAGCCUUCCGCUGCUACUCCUGCGAUCGGCCCGCAACCAUGUCCUCCUGCAAGAAUGUCACCCUGUGCAAACAGGAGGACACAGCCUGCAAGACCACGCUGGUGGCCGUAGAGUCAGAGUACCCCUUCAAUCAAAGCCCCUUGGUACUGCGCUCCUGCUCCAGCUCCUGCCUGGCCACGGACCCUGACAGCAUCGGGGUCUCCCAUCCCGUCUUCUGCUGCUUCCAUGAUCUCUGUAACUCAGCUGGCGUUGCUGGGCUGGGCACCGGGGCCCUGGCUGUGCCUGGGGCUGCCUUCCUGCGCCACCUCCUGCCCUGA